UCAGAGUACCCCCUUAUAUCAGGUGUCCCCAUCAGAGUGUCCCCUUAAGUAAGGUGCCCCAUCAGAGUGCCCACUUACAUCACGUUUCUGUAUAAGAAGGCCCCCUUACAUCUGAGUGCUCCAUUAUAUGAGGUUCCCUCAUCACAAUGACCCCUCACAUCAGGUGUGCCCAUUAGAGUUCCCCUUUACAUCAGUUGUCCCCAUCAGAGUGGCUCUUUACAUCAGGUAUCCCCAUCAGAGUGCCCCUUUACAUCAGGUCUCCCCAUCACAGUGCCACCUUCCAUCAGGUAUUUCCAUCAGAGUGCCCCUUUACAUC